AUGAGACGCCUUUCUGCUCUUGCUUCUAGGGUUGAGCAAAUCCCAAAUCAAAUUACACUCAAGUCACAAAUUCAAUCAAAGAUUCAAUCCAAUUCUUCAUCCCACCACCAAAACCCUCCAGUCAUCACCACUAAUUUCACCGCAAGAGGUAAGUUUUCUGCAGUUAACUCCCAAUCGAAAACCCCCACUCAUAAACCCAUUGAUCAUCAGUACAUUUCUCAGAUUCUUUCGAGUAAAGAUUGGUAUUUGCUACUAAACCACGACCUAAAAUCCAAAAAACUUAGCUUAAACCCUCGGAUUAUAGUGAGCGUUCUACAGAAUCAGGAAAACCCAUUACAUAAUUUGAUUUUUUAUUUGUGGGUCUCGAAUAUCAACCCGUUGUUCGCGAAGAACCAAUCGAUUCGAGGCGUUUUAGCAAAUACCUUUUACAGAAAAGGUCCGGUUUUAUUAUCGAAGGAGCUUGUUAGUCUUGUUAGAACUUCCGGGUGUUCUAUUACAGAGGAUUCACUUUGUAUUUUGAUAAGCAGUUGGGGAAGAUUAGGUUUAGCAAAGUAUUGCUCUCAGGUUUUCGAUCAAAUUUCAUAUUUAGACCUUACUCCUACUACGAGAUUGUAUAAUGCAGUAAUCGAUGCAUUGGUAAAGUCCAAUGCACUUGACUUGGCAUAUUUAAAAUUCCAUCAAAUGAAAGCUGACAGAUGCGACCCUGAUAGGUUUACUUAUAACUUCCUCAUCCAUGGAGUCUGCAAAAUCGGAGUUGUAGAUGAAGCCUCAAGAUUAUUGAAACAAAUGCAAGAAAUCGGGUAUUCACCAAAUGUAUUUACUUAUACAAUACUUAUUGACGGGUAUUGUAAUGCAAAAAGAAUCAAAGAAGCCUUUAAGAUCUUGGAGACAAUGAAAGAGUAUAAAGUGAGACCUAAUGAAGCUACAUUUAGAUCAUUAGUCAAUGGGCUUUUUCGUAAUUUUCAUCCACUCGAGGCCUUUAAACCGUUAUCCGAUUUCAUAGAACAUGAACAAGUGUUACCCAUAGCAGCCUGUGAAUCUUGUUUGCAUUGUCUUUCAACCACAUCUAUGUGUAAAGAAACUGCUAUUUUCUUGAAGAAAGUUAUCAAGAGAGGUUAUGUUCCUGAUACUAUGACUUUCAACAUCACUAUCACUUCUUUACUUAAAGGAUUUGAUCUCAUGGAAACAUGUGACAUCAUUGAUGAUUUGAUUCAAAAAGGCACAAAUCUUGGAUUCAAUACUUAUCUUCUUCUUAUUGAAUCUUUAUACAAGAAUGGAAGCUCAUUGAAAGGCGAAAAGUACCUAAACAAGAUUCUUGAAAAUGGUCUUUUAACAAAUGUGACAUCAUACAACAUGUUAAUUGACACAUAUUGCAAAACUUGCAUGAUCAAUAAAGCAAUGAAAACAUUCCUAGACAUGAUUCGCCUCAACAUUUCUCCAAAUCUUGUCACUUUCAACACCCUCAUUUCAUGUCAUUGCAAGAUUGGUGAUAUGCAAGAAGCAAGAGAGCUUCUUAAGAUGUUAAUACAAGGUGGAUUUAAACCAGACAUUUAUACUUUUAGUUCAUUAAUUCAUGGGCUUUGUAGGACCCAUCAAAUUGAUGAUGCUUUUGAUUGUUUGAAAGAAAUGGUUGAGUGGGGUGUUCAUCCGAAUUCUAUAACUUACAAUAUCUUGAUUCAUUCUUUAUGUGUAAUCGGUGAUGUUUAUAAAGCAAAGGGUUUGUUAAAGAAGAUGAAAGUCAACGGGGUCAAACCGGAUGUUUAUUCAUUCAAUGCUUUGAUUCAGAGUUUUUGUAGGAUGAAAGAAGUUGAGAAGGCGAAAAGGGUUUUACAGAUGAUGUUGACUUUAGGUUUGACUCCUGAUAACUUUACUUAUAGUGGUUUUAUUAAGAUGUUGUUUGAUUUGGGGAGAUAUAAAGAAGCUAAAGAGUUGUUUGUAUCGAUGGAAGAUUACGGAUGUACCCCUGAUUCUUUUACCUGUAAUUUGUAUAUUGAUGGUUUAGUUCAAUCUGGUAGGUUUAUUGAGGCCCGAGAUAUGUUUCUCAAGUGUAAAGAGAAGGGAAUUGUUUUGAAACCAAUUUCAAUUUUAUAA